AUGUCCACACUCCCUCGAAGCAAUACUCCGGUCCAUCAGCAGAAUCUGUCUGAAGUCGACUCCACCAGAAUCAACCCUUCCGUCCGAUUUGCAAAGUUCGAGAACGGUCGAUUGAAAUAUAUACGGGCGCAUACAAAAGAGCUAAGCUUCAUUGCGAUCUCGCAUGUUUGGGGUGCAGACACACAGUGGUGUGAGGUGAACUGCUUGGAUUUCACCAUUCAGGCAUCAGCAAGGAAAGUCGAGUUCAUCAACGAAAGACUGCCCGAACUGGUAGGAGGUGCACCGUUUUGGAUGGACAUCUUGACAAUCAACCAGACAGAUAAGGAUGAGAAGAUAGCAACUAUCAAAGCUAUCCCGGCUAUUUUCCGUGAUGCUGAGAAAACCAUUGCAGUGAAGGAGAAUGACGGUAUCUACGGCUGCUGCAUAUGCCUGGCUGAAAAGCUACAGACAGGUUCUGCAUUGAGCCAGCUUCAGGAACACGUAGCCGAGAGCCAUGCAAACUACGUGUGCGAAGAAUCAUAUCUACAACGUCUUUGGACUCUGCAGGAGAUUUUGCUCUCUGGAACCGUUCAAUUUGUUCCAAUAAAUGAUCGUCCGCCUCAAAUAUGCCAGGGAGAGAUCAUUAAUCCCCAUAGAUCUCAAGCAACCGCGCAGCGUAUCGCUUGGGCACUUGAUUACCUCGACACCGCCUUCCGGGACUCUGUGAUUCCUGCAGCGGAAAUACUCACGAAGGCGUACCUCUCCAACGGCAUCGCAAAAUGGCCAAGACGCCAACCAACCGAACAUGAGGACAUCUUCUCUGGCCACUUUGUGACUAUGUUCCGCACUUCCCCUCGAGCCACCACCAGGGUUCGAGACUAUUUCCUCGCUACAAUGACGCGAUUUGACUGGUAUCAUGUCCCCGUUAGCGUUGCAAAGAUGGGGUUCAACGAUCUGUUCUUGGAUUUGUACGAACAGUCCUGGCGUGCUGGUCAUGGAUUUGGACCUAAGAUUUUGGCUUCAAUGACAACUGGAAAAGAUUUCUCCGGCGAUCCGAACAAAGCAUGGGGCCCUAGCCCAGAUCAGCCUAUUCCGUGUUGCUUGGGGGAUUUUCUCAAACUAAUUGGCUGGAAACAAACUGUCCACCAGUAUCAUUUCGUCACCGAGGCCUUCGUUACUCCGGUUUGCACAAACAGUAGCCAAUAUGACGGUGAAAUUCUCGGACUCAUUGAAAGCUCUAUGCGAGUUGCUGAAACGGCAUGGAAUGGCAGCCGUUCCAGUGGUGAGUUUGACAAACAUGGCUCCUCUCCCGAAGACUGGGCGUCAGCCGAUGUGAGCGAAGUCAAGGAGCCAAAUGCUACACCAACUGAAAUCAGCGGUCGAUUUCAUGCUCGCCAGCGCAGGAAGUGA